CGGAAUGAGCCAUUUCCGCGGCCGAGGGGAGCGGCGUGAAGGGGGCCGGCUCGCUUCCCUCCUCCCUGCCUCGGGGCGGGUGGCUUCUCCCGUUCGCCGUGAGAGGCGGAGGCGGGACCGGAGCCUCCUGUUUUCGGCAGGGCCUAGGCAGAUUGCCGCCCCCUUCCCCCCGACACCCUCCCCCGCCGCCCGGUUGCGGCGUGCCGGUUGGUACGGCCCGGCCUGGCGGGAGGAGGGAGCGUGGCCGUGUCUCCCGCGGCGGCGGCUCCUGCUGCUGCAGGCAGAGGUGGGCAGCGGGCCGGGCUCCAGCGCGCGGGACCUCGGGCGGCUGGCGGCGGGGGCCAGAGGCGCAGACACCCCCCCAACCUUCUUCCCUACGGCGUCAGGCGUCCGUCGGUCAGAAAACAUGAGCCGAGAUUUCAAACCCGGAGACCUGAUCUUUGCCAAGAUGAAAGGUUAUCCCCACUGGCCGGCCAGGGUGGAUGAAGUUCCUGAUGGAGCAGUAAAGCCUCCUACGAAUAAAAUGCCUAUUUUCUUUUUUGGCACACAUGAGACGGCAUUUUUGGGACCAAAGGACAUAUUUCCCUACUCUGAAAAUAAAGAUAAAUAUGGCAAACCAAAUAAAAGAAAGGGUUUUAAUGAAGGGCUGUGGGAAAUUGACAACAAUCCUAAAGUGAAGUUCUCUCAUCCGCAGUCCCAUCCAGCUGUUAACGCUCCUAUCAAAGAAGCUGGUCAAGAAAGUGGUCAGGAACCUGCUGAGGGGAGUGAAGAAAAAGCAGGAGCCAAAAAAAAAAAGGCUUCCAUCCCAAAAUUAUCCUCUAAAGGGGAUAACAACUUACCUACAGAAGCUGAAACAGAAGAAAAAGAGAUGGUUGCUUCAAAGGAAGAUGAUCUGCCUUCUGAAAAAAAGAGUAAAGAAGAUGUGGUGAAAACAAGUGAUGCUUCUAUGCCUAAAGUUGCUAGAAGAGGAAGAAAAAGAAAGGCUGAAAAACAAGCUGAAGCUGAGGAAGCAGGAGCAGUGGCAACAGCGGCUGUGGCAGCAGCAGCUCCUGUGCCAGUGUCUCCAAAAGUAAGCCCCAAAAGAGGAAGACCAGCAGCUUCUGAAAUAAAGGUCCCAAAACCAAGAGGGAGACCCAAGUUGGUGAAACCACCUUGUCUUCCAGAGAGCGACUUUGUUAAUGAGGAGGAGAAGGCAAAGAAAAAAGGACCAGAAGAAAAGGCCAAAAAGCAAGGGAAAAAAGAUGAGGAGAGUCAGAAGGAAGAGGAGAAAUCAAAGAAGGAAUUUGACAAAAAGGAAGGAAAGAAAGAGACUGAACCAAAAAGGAAAAAUGCUGCAAAAGUGGGUUCUGCAUCAGCUUCUGAUUCUGAAGAUGAUGGAGAAGAACAAGAAGGUGACAAGAAGAAAAAAGGAGGAAGAAGCUUUCAGGCGGCUCAUAGAAGAAACGUUGUAAGAGGCCAACAUGAGAGAGAAGUAACAGAAAGAAGGCGUAAGCAAGAGGAACAGACAGAAUCUGAAUCGCAGAGUAAAGAAGAAGGCAAGAAAGCAGAAGUUAAGAAGAUGGAGAAGAAGAGAGAAACAUCAAUGGAUUCUAGGCUUCAAAGGAUACAUGCAGAAAUUAAGAACUCCCUGAAAAUUGAUAAUCUUGAUGUGAACAGGUGUAUUGAGGCUCUUGAUGAGCUUGCAUCUCUUCAAGUCACAAUGCAACAAGCACAGAAACAUACAGAGAUGAUUCUGACUCUAAAGAAGAUACGGAAAUUUAAAGUUAGCCAAGUUAUCAUGGAGAAAUCUACAAUGCUAUAUAACAAGUUCAAGACCAUGUUUCUGGUUGGGGAAGGAGAUUCUGUUCUUUCCCAAGUACUAAAUAAAUCACUUGCUGAGCAGAAGCAGCAUGAGGAAGCCAACAAAACCAAAGAACAGUGGAAGAAAGGAGCAAGCAAAAAAAUGGAAAAAGAAAAGGACCAAACAGGUUCAAAGGUUCUGAAUGGAGCGUCUGAAGCUCAAGACACCAACCAGACACAACGUGAUGGAGAGAACGCUGGGGAAAAGAAAGAUAGGCUUGAAGCUGGCAGUAAGAUAAAGACGUGUGGUGAAGAGAGAGAGCUUGAAAAGCCAGCAAAAGAUUCUGCCUUUGAAAGCAAAUGAUACCACUGGAGUCUUUUUUUAAAAUACAAAUUAAAGAGGAUUGUUAAGUUUUGCAUUUGAAAUCUAUAGACUGCUGAAAGUUUAAAAUAAUUUUAUAAGCAUAGUAUUUUGAAGUUAAAAUUUGUGGAAUAAGAGCCCUUUCAAUCUUGUUCUAAAAGUAUUUAAACACUUUUGCCAAUAGUUUUGUCCAGUAUUAACAGGUAACACAUUUCAAAAUAAGAAAAUUCCGUCUAGAAGACAAAUGCUUACAUGUUACAGGACUUAGAGUUGUAGUAUAUUUUUACCUGACUACCGUAUGUCUAGCUAAUAGCAGGAAAAAGUGUAAAUACUUUUAACUGCCCAAUUGCUUCAUUUGUAUAAAGCCCACUCUCUUCCUAUGAUACUGACCUCUGUUUGUGCAUAGUUUUUCAACUCUUGUGGGGAUGUCUUUUCACUGUGUUUUGUAGGAGUUGAAAACAGCAUUUUUAUAGCUAUUAAAAUGUUAAUGUACGAGUAUACUUAAUCACUUUUUCUAAAGAAGUCUAGUCCUGUUCUUGCAAAACUCAUUGUGCCAAUUUACUGCAAUGUGACUUUAUGGUAUGCUUUUGGUAUAAUAAGUAUACUAGAAUGAACUGUGUUUUCGCAGAACCUGUUGAUGCACACUGGUUAGAAAACACUGUCUUGAACUAUUUCUGAAAUUAAAGAUUUAAAACUGAUAAAGAGACUGCUUCUUAAUACUAACUUGUAUAGACAAAAACAUUCAUAGGAAAAAGUGUCUGAUUUUAGUACUAUUUUGAUUUUAUUGACUUGGCAUUAACUUGGGGAUUUCUAACUUGAAUUUUAAGAGAAACACUGGUCUUGAAACAUGUGCUUUGCCUUGCAUCAGAACUGGGAACAACUUGCGUGCGACUGGAAAAUGGUAUUUGACAGAGGCCAGCCAGGUUAGAAAUUAGAGUUUAAUAUCCUAAGAAUCUUGUUAGGGCGAUUGUGACAGGGAAGGUGACGGUAUUCCAGGUGUACAUAUAACCUUGUGCUGUGUCACCUUCAAGGCAGCACCAGAAAAACACGAUUACAGCCUGGUGGAGACCAGUGCUUCUGAAACCGUAACUCACCCCAUUCAACAAGGAAGAGUUUUUCAGUAUUUUCAGCUUUUCCCUAUUUCAAGUUCAAUAACUUGUUACAAUCUUUACUUUUGUUUGCAGUUCUGCUCUUGCAGUAACGGUAAGCAGCCAGAUGUUCAGUAAUAGGAAAAAGCAGCUUCAACACUCGCAGCCAGGUGAAGGUCAGUUAACUUCAGCACUGCUUUCAAACUUCCCUCUUUAACGGAAUCUGAAAGUGACAGAUUUAUCUUGA